CGCGCUCUUCUCAGGAUGUUGUGUUAUGAUGUCAGCGCUACAUAAGGACCGACUGGACACAGCCAAGAUCAAGUUGUUGUACUUUCCAUGUCUGCUAGCGCGCUUCAGUUGCCACUUUUGGAAGCCGACAGGAGUGUCGUGCAAAAUACCCAACUACAAUGUCUUACGUACUUUUGGACCUGCUGCUUUUGGUGGCAUUUGCAGACGCUGUGCGUGCGGAGCUUGUCUUUCGCUGUCCAAGCUGCAGUGCCGAGCGCCAGGCGGAGUGUCCCGCUCUCACUGCCGAGAGCUGCGUCGAGAUCGUGCGCGAACCGGGCUGUGGUUGCUGCCCGGUGUGUGCUCUCCGGGCCGGAGAACCGUGUGGUGUGUACACGCCGCGCUGCGCCAGCGGCUUUCGCUGUUACCCCGAGCCAGACUCGGAGCUGCCACUCGAGCAGUUAGUGCGCGGCCUGGGUCGCUGCGCGCUCAAAGCGGACGGGGAACCAACCACGGGGAGCGCUCAUCUGAGCGGUAAAAUGCUGUUGGGUUCACUAGUAGAACAAACUGAAGUCCCUGCAAUUAGAAGGCCUACAAAAGACAACCAGUGGAUUGGACCUAAAGAGAGUGCUGUCAUCCAUCACCGGCAACAGAUGAAGACUAAGAUGAAGUAUAAAGCAGAGGAGCCCAAGGUGUCAAGCACCAAGCUGGGCAAUUGUCAGCAGGAGAUGGAUCAAGUACUUGAGAGGAUUUCUAAAAUGCUGUUCCAAGAUAAUCGUGGACCUCUGGAGGACCUCUACUCUGUUCACAUACCCAACUGUGACAGGAGGGGCCAGUACAACUUAAAACAGUGCAAGAUGUCAGUGAAUGGACAACGGGGUGAGUGCUGGUGUGUGAACCCCCACACAGGCAGGCACAUCCAGACCUCCCCAGUGAUGAGAGGUGACCCCAACUGCAGUCAAUACAUCAGUGCUUUGGAGAUGGAGCAACCUUCAGCGCCACAAAAAUUCUUUAGGUGAUUUGGCAGCAAAAAGAUGGAGAUGGAGACGUGUUGACAAGAAGGAGACUCUUUAUUUGUUGUUACUGUUGUUCUCCGGGUCUUUGCACUGGAUGUUGCCUCCACUGUAGUGAGUUCCUGGUAUUGUGGCUCCAAAUUUAUCUACACACCAACAAAUACCUCGCUUCUGCCCCCUGGAGGGUUUACACUGCAACAAAACAGCAGGGGGAAGUGAUGUUUAACAUUUAGCCAAAAAUAAAUUUAAUCAUCUCUAUCUGAGACGUACUAUACAAAUUUAAUAUUUUUUGCAUAAUGCAACAUGGAGAUCAAAAUCUUAUUUUACUUGCCUGCUACAGUUCAGUUUAAUUAUUACUGUUGUCUGACUGAAAUAAUCGUGCUGGAAGUAGCAAUUAGAAAAUAGGUAAAUUAUGACCAUGAAGGGAUGCACAUGGUCAGUAACAAUACUCAAGUAGGCUGUGACUUCAAAAGAUAAAUGGUAUUAACAUACACAUAAUGUGCAAAGAAAAUAUUCCUUACACCUUUACAUCAUUUCCACAAACCUGGAAUGUUGACACAUCGCAGAUGGGGUACAUGGAUUUAUGCUGUUGGCAUUAAAUUCUGACCCUACCAUCUAUGUGGUUCAUUAGAAAUUAAUAUUAAUCAGACCAGACUAUGUUUUUACAGUUUUGUCUAGCUACUGUCUAGCUGUGGUGAGCCUGUGCCCACUGAGGCCUCAGUAUUAUCUUCUUGGCUGAGGGAUGUGAAACCAGCAGUCCGACUGGUCUGUGGCUACACAGCCCGGAGGCAGCAAGCUAUGAUUAUCAUAAACAGCAUUAAUUUUUUAUCAGACCAGACAGCCAAGCAUUUGCUCCAUGCAGUAUGUGCAUAAAUCUUGGGUCCCUAUGACCAAUGGCACUGCUUGUCCUUCUUUGGACCACUUUUGAUAGGAAACACUGCAUACUGGAAACAUACCACAAAACCUGUUGUUUUAGUUAUGCUCUGACCCAAUUAUCUAUCCAUCAAAUUCUUUGUUUGCAUUCAAUACAUCAACUUUGAGAACUGAAUUUUCACUUGCUGCAUAAUAAUCCCUUGGCAGUGCCAGUGUAAUGAGCUAAUCAAUGUUAUUUGCUUCACCUGUCUGUGGUUUUAAUUUUAUUAAUUCUGAUCAUUACCCAUGAGAGCCUCAGAUUAUUUUUUUCUUGGAUGACAGGAAUGGCACCCAGUGUUGUUUACUGCCCAUUCAACUGAAGAUUUGAUGUUUUGUGCAUCAGAGAUCUGAGAUCACACUUUUUCACAUCCUCAAUAUGAAUAUCAACUGAUGUUACUGUGCACAAUUAGUGUUUAAAUGCCUGAAGCAUGGUGGUGGAGAUUAGUGAAGGAACAUGUGUUAUCUGUAUCUGAAAAACAGUAAUAGUAAUAAUUUUUUUGUAAUUACUAUAUAAUUAUAAUAGUAAUUUUUUGUAAUAGUAUAUUUGCUGAUGCCUGAAAUUAUAAAAUUGUGGAGAAUUGUCAUUUUUACAUGUACUUACUCAGUUAUGAGUCUGUAAAAUUUUAGAAAUAUGUAUCUGUGUCCCAACAGAGUUUUAGACUGAUGGUAGUCUUACUCUGUGACCUAGUGAACUAGUGCAGAUUUAUUCAUUGAUAAAGAUUUCAAAUCACCUUUGCACAUCUGGCUCUGCAUAAGGCCAUCUGCCAAAUGGCAUAAAUGUAAAUAUAAAUUUAAAUCUAUAUAAUAUGCUAUUUUUUUCAAUCUGUUAUAUAUGGCUUAAAACCUGUUUGCGCUUGAAGAAGCCCUUUUUGUCACAAUUAGGCAGAUAGAGAGACAGAGCCACGACUCUGGGCAUGUCCUUCAUCCUCCGGACAAUUAUGUCAAGCUUCCUCCUACACUGUCCCUGUAAUUAACAAAAAUCAACAAAAUAUGUAAUAUAAGUACAUUAUAUGCUUUUAUUCCAGGGUAUCAUAACAUAGCAGUUCUUCAAAAUGGAAAGCUUUGCGAGCUCACUGGUAUGAGUCUUACCAUUUCCGGCUGGACCUUCUGGAUGCUGAGUGGGGAGGAGUUAAUAUGGACUCUGGUCCUCAGUUUAGAUUGUAACUGUUUCCUGUUCUUUUGAACUGCCAGGACUUUCUUGUUGUUGAUGUGGUUUUGAGAAAACAUAGGCACCUUAGAAUGAUGAAGUAGAUUUUCAGACACUAGCCCCAAGACACCUUUAGGUAGCUCUUGAUCUAUGGAUGGGAAUCAAGAAAUUAUAAAGCUAAUUUGUUCAAAGCAGAAAGCUUACACAUUAAAUGUCAUGGACGUGGGGAAACUCAUAAAA